UUAAAGUAAAAGCAAACAACAAAUAGUAAUUAUUAUUGGCUCUCUUGGAUUGCACUAUUCUUAUUUCUCUCUAUCCUUAGCCCAAAUCCCAAAAAUCUUGCUUCUAAUCUUCCUGAGUAGCCUAUACACUUAAUGGUAGAUCGAAAUAUCAAAAUAGUCCUUCUUGGCAACAGUGGAGUGGGCAAGACAAGUAUUCUCUGGAAAUAUAAUAAUCCCAGCACAUUCGACUCAGAAGACGGGAAGACUGAACAUGAAGUUGAGCCGACUAUUGGAUAUGAGUACAUCACUGUUCAAGAAAAGAUUGGAAAGAAUAAGGCUAAUGUUCACAUUUGGGAUACCACCGGUCAAGAUCGGUUCAGAAGUAUAGCAUCAAACUACUAUCGCAGAUGAGCAGGAGCCAUCUGUGUCUAUGAUGUCACCAACCGAGAAUCUUUUAAUGCUAUUGAAGAUUGGGUCGACCAACUCAGGAAUUAUUGCGAUGAAGAUCCGGUUUUGUUACUAAUUGGUAAUAAAUCUGAUAAAGUUUCUGAAACUGAAGUUGCAACUGAAGAAGGAGAGAAGCUAGCCAUCUCUCUUAAUGCAGCUUUUUAUGAAACAAGUGCCCUCUUUGGAUCUAAUAUUCAAUGAGUUGAUAAACUCAUUCAGGAAGUCUUAUCUGUAAUGCAUAAAAAGUCAUUGAUAACAGGAGACUGCACUUCAACUCAAUCAAGGUAUCCUGGUGCAAGUAUUCUUUCAGUAAAAACGCACACUACAAAGUCAAAAGUAAAGGGAAAAUCCAAAUGAGGAUGCUCUAAAUAAUUUAAAAUCGUGACUUUAGCCCAAUUAUUCCAUUUUAAAAUAUUAU